UUUAGUAAUAAGUAAUUAGUACUGAAAAUCCUGUGUUUUCGAGGCGAAUUUAUCACUGGGUACUGUUCAGUGAACCAACAAAGUUUCUGAAGCAUAAUCCAAUCUCAUUCAGUAACCUCAAUGGGUUACAUUGAAGACGCACGCCAGAAUCACGUUAAGAAGAAAGUGGAAGAAGCUUUACGCAGCAAAAUGAAGCAGAAGGCACUGAAAGAGUGCGAUCGUUACACGGCAAAGUAUGCUGAAUGCGCUUCGGGAAGAACACUGUCAGUUGUGUGGAGCUGUCGCCAACAAGCCAAAGAGUUGAAUGAUUGUCUUCAUCAAUUCACCAAUGAUUCUGUUUUGGAGGAAAUGAAGAAAGAAUACAUGUUAAAGCAAGGAGGAGAGAGCUCUGCUAGAAUCUAGACUGCUUGAUUUCAAUGCCAAUGUGUACGCAACGAACAAUUUAUCAACAUAAUCCGAUGAAUCUUGCAUUCAAAUUCUUUAGAUAUUUAGUAUGAGGUCUUCGUUAUUGUGAUGUCAUGGAGCAUCAUUAUAACAAUUUUUUUUUUUUUUUUUUUUGUGAAUUUUGUAUGGAUAAUAGAACAUAUCGAAAAGAUCAUUUGUAUGGUUCGUUACAUGAUCUUAAAGUAGUGUCCAAUUGGUACCAUUUUGACUAAGAACAUUUGAAUUCAAAGAUUGGUGUUGUACGUGCUUUGGAAA